GGCGCGAAGCUUCCUUUCUCUGUGCGCCUCUCUUUCCUUCCUUGGCCGCCAUCUUGAUCUCACCGCGUGUUGGGCUGCGGAGGAGCCGCCAGACUCAGACACAGCACUAUGAACCAAGAAAAGCUGGCCAAGCUUCAGGCGCAGGUCCGAAUAGGAGGAAAGGGGACAGCUCGCAGAAAGAAGAAGGUGGUGCACAGAACAGCUACAGCUGAUGACAAAAAACUUCAGAGUUCCCUCAAAAAACUGGCAGUAAAUAACAUUGCUGGCAUUGAAGAGGUGAACAUGAUAAAAGAUGAUGGAACAGUUAUCCACUUCAACAACCCCAAGGUUCAAGCUUCCCUCUCUGCUAACACUUUUGCAAUUACUGGUCAUGCAGAGGCUAAACCGAUCACAGAAAUGCUUCCAGGCAUCUUAAGCCAGCUUGGUGCUGACAGCUUAACAAGUCUCAGAAAGUUAGCCGAACAAUUCCCAAGACAAGUGUUGGAUAGUAAAGCACCAAAAUCUGAAGAUAUUGAUGAAGAAGACGAUGAUGUCCCAGAUCUCGUAGAAAACUUUGACGAAGCAUCAAAGAACGAAGCUAACUAAAACAUUAAUAGUUCUGGAAGCUGGCAUGGACUAGAUUUAAGAAAUCAGCUAUGUGGUUCCAAAGUUUUAAAGAAACAGAGAACAUCAUCUGUUAAUAGUUCAGUAAUAUAAAUAUUUUGUAUUUUUA